CUUCUCGUGACGACUGUCGAUUCCUACUUUUAACUGCAAUUUCUCUACUUCCUUUUCUCAUCUAAUUUCUUCAAAAAUGCUCUAUCCAUAACAGUCAAAUCCUGCAAUCUCCAUCGAAUUUUGACUCUUCAAUUCAACAAGAGCGGCAAACAACCCCCAACCAUUCCAAUAUUCCAAUAUUCCAAUAUUCCAAUUUCCAUCCCUUUUUUUCCUAAUCAGACAAUCAACGACGACGACGACUAAACUAGAAUGAAAUGCUUCCACUUCACCACCGGCGGAGGGGACGACGACGAGCAGGUCUCGCGCAAGGUCUCGUGGGCGCGCUCCCUCAGCGUGGCGUCCACCAACCUCGACUCCAGGCGCUCCGAGUUCGACACCGAGUCGCGCCGCGACUGGGCCGACUCGUCCGACCUGUUCCAGGAUUUCUUAACUCAGGGCCGCGCCAAUCAUCUGCGGGUAUUCUCCUUCGCCGACCUCAAAUCGGCUACCCGCGGCUUCAGCCGCUCUCUCGUCAUCGGCGAGGGCGGCUUCGGCAGCGUCUACCGGGGCCGCCUCAGGGUCGCCGAUUCUGACCCCGAGAUGGAUGUUGCCAUCAAGCAAUUGAAUCGCAAUGGAUUCCAGGGGCACAAGGAAUGGAUAAAUGAGGUGAAUUUUCUAGGUGUAGUCAAUCACCCAAAUCUUGUAAAAUUGGUUGGAUAUUGUGCUGCUGAUGAUGAAAGGGGGAUUCAGAGGCUGUUGGUCUAUCAACUUAUGUGUAACAAAAGCUUGGAGGACCAUCUCUUGAACCGCUUAGCGUCUCCUCUCUCGUGGAUAACGAGGUUGAAGAUUGCUCAAGAUGCAGCCCGUGGCUUGGCAUACCUUCAUGAAGAAAUGGAAUUUCAGUUAAUAUUUAGAGACUUCAAGAGUUCAAAUAUCCUCUUAGAUGAAGACUUCAACGCGAAAUUGUCAGACUUUGGACUGGCGAGGCAGGGUCCUGCUGCUGGAUCAGGUCAUGUUUCCACAUCAGUCGUUGGCACAGUUGGUUAUGCAGCACCAGAGUAUGUGCACACAGGCAGGCUAACUGCCAAGAGUGACGUAUGGAGCUUUGGUGUUGUGCUCUACGAGCUCAUCACAGGAAGACGGGUGCUGGAAAGAAAUCUACCACGAGGUGAGCAGAAGCUCUUGGAGUGGGUAAGACCCUACGUGUCUGAUCCCAAAAAAUUCCAUUUGAUCCUCGACCAAAGACUUGAGGGGCAGAACUGCAUGAAAUCAGCCCAGAGACUUGCAUCUCUUGCCAACAAAUGCCUCAUGAAGAAUCCCAGGUCGCGCCCAAAAAUGAGUGAGGUGAUUGAGAUGCUUGGAAGCAUCAUUGCUGAAGCACCGCCACCUCUGGAUGGAUGUGUGCCUGAAUCUGACAAUCAGAAUGAAACUAGUGGAUCAGGAGGCAAAACGACAAACAGCAGUAGCCGUAGAAAGGGUUUUGACUUCAGAGUAAUAGUCUCAAGGAACAGAUCAAUCGGGAAGUUGGAUUGGAGAAACUGGACCCAAGUCUGGUAAGGACGUGAUGAUGGGGUCGAACCAUUUUUACUGGUGAAUAUGAGUAUUGAGCAAUUCGAUGUUCAUCAUCAAGCAAAGAGUUUAUAUCCUAUCUUUUUUGGCCACCCAAAUUGUAGUUUGCAGUUUUUGAGGUGUGCUAAGAGUGUAUAGCUCUGCUUUUGAAAGAAAAGAUUGGAGAGAGAGAUUAGAUUAUUAGUAGUACUAUUAUUUUGCUUGAAAACAGAGAUGCCAAAGAGUGAGUAAGAUGCAACUGUGCUAUGCAUCUUACUCUUUACUCUUGUGUAUGUAAAAUAAAAUUGAUGGACACAUUUUUUGGUUGUUUUUACACUACUCCUAUUACAGAGUUCUUGAUUGUGAAAGUAAGUAUUUACCUAUAUGAAUAUGUGGACCGAAUAUGAAACAUUGUAAUGCGCCGUAGCCUUACAUUUCUGUACAUGAUCUUUUCUUCUUAAGAAUUAUAUAAAUAAAGAAAAACGAAAAAUGAAGAAAGAGAAAAUGAUUGAAUGAGGAUAAGACACUUGUGGAGAGGUUGUGCUUGAAACAAGUCAAGUAAUUGUCUACACAAUAUUUUUGCACUUGCACCAUUCAUUCUCUCUCUCAAACAGGAAAAACUCAAUAGAAAGAAAAAUGUCUUCUUUGAACAUGUUCUUUUCUCCCAUAGUUACCCCUCAAAGGAGAGUAAGAAGUGCAGCCACAGCAGCAAAAUCCUCAGGUGGAGGCAGCGAGGAGAAGGGCAUUUUGGACUUUAUCCUCGGGAGCUUGACCAAACAAGAUCAGUUCUAUGAAACUGAUCCAAUCUUGAAGAAGGUAGAGGACGGGAAGAGCGGCGGCACCACGUCCCCGGGCAACGGAGACCGGAAGAACUCGGUGGUAGUGCCACCAGCCAAGAAGAAGGAUGGUGGGUUUGGCGGCCUUGGGGGACUCUUUGCCAAAAAAUGAUUCAUAAGUACCUUUCUUUAAUACUACUAUAAAAAGUUAUGUUCUAAAUUUUUGGCAUGCACUAUUGAUGCUCUCUUAUGUAAUAUGCUGCUUAAUUCAAUUGCAUAUAUUGAUUCUAUCA